AUGGCCAAGACCGACCAGAAGGCCUGCCUGAUCGUGAUUGAUGGCUGGGGUGUGCCCGGCGCCGACUCCCCCAAGGAUGGCGACGCCAUUACCAACGCAAAGACCCCCGUCAUGGACGACUUUGCCCAGAGCAAGACCGGAUACUGCGAGCUCGACGCCUCCUCCAUUGCCGUCGGCCUGCCCGAGGGUCUGAUGGGUAACUCGGAGGUCGGUCACCUGAACAUUGGCGCCGGCCGUGUCGUCUGGCAGGACGUUGUGCGCAUCGACCAGACCAUCAAGGAGGGCAAGUUCGCCGACAACGAGGUCAUUAAGAAGACCUUUGAGGGUGCCAAGAACGGCAACGGCAGACUGCACCUCUGCGGUCUCGUCUCCCACGGUGGCGUGCACGCCAAGCAAGAGCACCUCUACAACCUUCUCAAGGCCGCCAAGCAAUACGGCGUCCCCAAGGUCUACAUCCACUUCUUCGGCGAUGGCCGUGAUACCGACCCCAAGUCCGGCGCCGGCUACAUGGAGGAGCUCGUCAAGACCGCCAAGGAGAUUGGCAUUGGUGAGAUCGCCACCGUCGUCGGCCGCUACUACGCCAUGGACCGUGACAAGAGAUGGGAGAGAGUCCAGAUCGCCCUCGACGGCUUGAUCAACGGCAAGGGCGAGGAGAGCACCGACCCCGUCAAGACCGUCAAGGAGCGCUACGCCAAGGGCGGUGACAAGGACAAGGACGAGUUCCUGACUCCCAUCAUUGUCGGCGGCGAUGAGGGCCGCAUCAAGGACGACGACACCGUCUUCUUCUUCAACUACCGCUCCGACCGUGUCCGCCAAAUCACCCAGGUGCUCGGCGACGUCGACCGCUCCGUCCUCCCCGACUUCAAGUUCCCCAAGAUCAAGAACCUCGUCACCAUGACCCAGUACAAGGUCGACUACCCCUUCGAGAUCGCUUUCAAGCCCCAGCACAUGGGCAACGUCCUCGCCGAGUGGCUCGGCAAGCAAAACGUCGAGCAGGUCCACAUCGCCGAGACGGAAAAGUACGCCCACGUCACCUUCUUCUUCAACGGCGGCGUCGAAAAGGUGUUCGCCCUCGAGACCCGCGACGAGUCCCAGGACCUCGUCCCCUCCAACAAGUCCGUCGCCACCUACGAUCAGGCCCCCGAGAUGUCGGCCGACGGCGUCGCCGACCAGGUCGCCAAGCGCCUGGGCGAGCAGAAAUUCCCCUUUGUCAUGAACAACUUUGCGCCCCCGGACAUGGUCGGCCACACGGGCGUGUACGAGGCCGCCAUCGUCGGCGUCGAGGCCACAGACAAGGCCAUUGGCAAGAUUUACGAGGCCUGCAAGAAGGAGGGCUACGUCCUCUUCAUCACCGCCGACCACGGCAACGCCGAGGAGAUGAAGUUUGCCGACGGCAAGCCCAAGACGUCGCACACCACCAACAAGGUGCCCUUCAUCAUGGCCAACGCCCCCGAGGGCUGGAGCCUCAAGAAGGAGGGCGGCGUCCUGGGUGAUGUUGCGCCUACCGUCUUGGCUGCGAUGGGUCUGCCCCAGCCUGAGGAGAUGACUGGCGCGAACCUGCUGUCCAAGGCAUAA